UGCUAGCCAGCGUUUACAAUUUUAACCAGUGUAACACUUUUUAUUCCAUUUUAAUAAUUUAAAGAAUCUUUUGACAUUCCACAAUGUACAAUACAUUGAUGAUGUGGCUGCAUAAAAUGAACUGAAAAAGUUCUAAGGAACAAAACUAGUUGUCAUACCAGCAACUGUGGUUGGAUAAGCCAGGUGUGAUGGGAUGAUCGCUGUGGCUGUGCUGGUACUGCUGGCCGUCGUGGCUGCUGGCGCAGGUAGUGACGGCGCAGAUGAUGUGUGUGUGGAGGCCGAACUGCGCCGAGUGACCAUCACGCCAGACAAGCUGCCAGUGGCACUGUUGGCGUCAACACAGCUACUCUACUCCGCCACACACGACCCGGACACAGACAACUGGGCCAGGGAACUGCUGGACACACAUCAGGACAUACAGACCGUAGCACAGUUGUCGAAGUGGGCAGUGUCAAUAUCGUACAGAGACGAUGACAAUGUCCCGGGAGGCAAUGCCAGCAGCGCGUCCUACCUACGCAGCCUGGAGGUGGCCCUCAACAAGACCACCCCAGGUUUCUGGGCCCCUCCUUUCUGGGACUGCUACCUGAGCAAGUGGGUGUUUGGCUUUACAACACCACUACAAGGAGACAGGAAGGCUGCAGGGUUGUUCUACUCGUUGGACCUCGUAGACUUGAACCAGUGUGAUGAUGUUAACAGCCCUAUCUUCGGAGGAUCACACAACUGUGAUCCCCAGUCCACAAAAUGCCUACCACUGCAUGGGUUUGGUACUAGAAGGGGAGGAUAUCGCUGCGCGUGUCUCCCGGGUUUUCUGCCCCCUCCAGCAGCCAAUGUUACUCUCCAGAACCAAUAUGGUGCUACUUUCUAUAGAUGUGUUCCCAGUUGUGGAGAAGGCAAGCAAUGUGCAGCUCAGAUGGACUUGUUCCUGAGAACCUUCAUCCUAGCUGCUCAGUUGUUCUGUAUAGUUAUCACUGUCGUCCUGGCUGUCGUUGUCUUCCGUAAGCGUAAAUGCAAGACUAUUGCUUCUGGCAUGUGGACCAUUCUGGAAACCAUACUUAUUGGCAUUCUUCUUCUGUAUGCUUCGGUCAUUGUUCACUUUUUUGAACCAUCCAUCGAGCGCUGCUUGUUUGAGCCUUGGUUCAGAGAAUUAGGCUUCAUUGUUUGCUAUGGAGCAAUUAUACUUAAGCUGUACAGAAUUCUCAUGGAGUUCAGGACACGGAAAGCUCACAGGUGGGUAGUGAGAGAUAAGGAUCUACUGAAGUAUCUAUCGGGAAUGGUUGUGAUCAUGUUGGCAUACCUGGCAGCCUGGACUGCUACCAACUUAAACUUCCGUCAAGAAGGCUUCAGUCUACUCACAAUCGGCUACACUGACUCAGGGCUGCACUUCCAGGCUUGUAAACCUCUCUGGUGGGACUACGUCACGGAAGCAGGAGAGAUGAUGAUUCUACUGUUUGGACUCCACCUUGGACUGGCUGCCCGGAAUGCCACAGUACAGUUUGAGGAACGACGGUUCCUGUGCUGUACUGUGCUAGUGGAAGCCAUUGUCAGUUGUGUUUUCUACGUAGUCCGAGCUCUCUACUGGAACACACUGCACCCUGAUCAGGCGUUUCUAGCGGCUUUUGCACGCAGUCAGCUGACAAACACGCUUGUCUUGAUGCUAAUCUUCACUCCGAAACUGUGGUAUCAACACAAGCAGGUGAGAGACUCGAGACAUCACUUGUCCCAUGAGCCAUCAGAUGCAUACAAGCCACAGGACGGAGUCUUGUAUGGAGACAUGGAUGUGGCGGAGGUUAGCCUCGCUGAGAUGAAUCCAGAAGACAUCCGAGCUGAGUUGAAGAGACUGUACACUCAACUUGAAGUUUUGAAGAAUAAAACAAUUCGCCAAAACAAUCCUCACAUAUCCAAACGAAGAGGAGGCCGCAAAGUUGCACACAGGCGGUUUUCCCUUCAGAAAAAAGGAAGUAGAGAAAAGGCGCUUCAGAGACAACAGCGGCAGUCCUCUCGGCCGUUACCUCACGAAACAACGGAAGUGACAGAAAACGAAGUCUCACGUACACCAGAAGAUUCCGUUUGUAGCAUGGAGGGUCCAAGUGCCAUCUACGGCGAUGGACCCUCCACUUACAGUGAGCUCGGGGGGUUUGGCACCCCCAACAUUCUCCAUCGUAACAAACAGUAGAAGGUUUGGCAAAUUUCUGAUGACUGUUGGAAGAGCAAUCCACAUAAGAGUCUAAAGUAGAUUAAUUUAAUUUUUUUUCCUGAUUGAGUUUAUCAUUUCAUUCUACCAAAUAGAAAUUGAGGAGAAUUAUAUCACUGUGAAGAAAAUUAAGGUGGAAAAUGUAAGUUUUCUGUAUGAAUAGAAAAAGUAAAAAAAUUAUAGAAUCAAAAAUUGAUUUCAAGAUAUUAUGUAUUUUAAUUGACUCUUUAUCAUGAUCUACGUUUAAGUAUACUUAUUGCUACUACCUAUUUUUUUUAUGGGUGCUAUUGUUAGAAUUUAUAAAAAAAAUUAACUUACAUAAUUUUAAAUUAUAGACUUUACAGAUUAGUCCAGGACCUGACUAGGGUUCUGUGUGCAUGUCGUGUAUAGAGAAUUUUGCUUUUGCAUUUCAAUAUAGGUGUCUUAGGAAGUGUUUUCCACUCGGGUGUCAAGUUCGCACCUGGUACGUUUUCGAGCUAUGACGUCAUCAAAAUGGCAGCCAUUGAUUUUUUUAAAUCGUAUAUUUCGCAAACUAUUUGUCGGAUCGGAAUGAACUUUUUUUUGUUUGAAAGAUAAUUUUAAAUGCUACCUGUUUUAAAUUUACACAUUUUUUGU